AUGCACCAACGUCGCCGUCCAUCAGAUCUAAGCAAGCCAAGUUGGAAGAAGCGACUCACAACUAAGGACGAUGGUCGAGAAAUCUGCGAGCCCUGCUCGAGUAGUCGCUUCCACUCUCUCAACUUGCCCCCGCAAGCUCGGGGAUUUGAAAAGGAUUUCGCAAUGAACCAGUCAAAACUCGAUGUUUUGCAGCUUCGUCUCUCUCGUUGGGGUCAGAUUGCUAGAAUUACCGGCGACAGAGCUGGCGCACAAAGAUAUCUGGAUGCACCACAUGAGGCCGUAGCUAAAGAUGGGUACAAGAGUAGAAUCAAAGACAUUCUUGAAACGAUCGGAGAUACUCUUGAACGGGCCCACCGUGAGGCCGGGAGAGACGACCCUUCCAUCGAUGCGAACAGCAGGCAGAUACUUGAUGCGGACUUGCAUCUAUCCCGUGGCAUGAAUAGGAUCCGCCAGAGAUUUCGAGCGUCUCUUCGCCAGCGAGAAACUCAACUCAUGAAGGUGACUGACAGCGAAAAUUGA